AUGGAAGAGUGGGAUACCCUGGAACGGUCCGAGAAAUCUGGUCCACCAGCCUUUAUACAGUAUUUUCGCGAACAUAAGCUUGAUGACAUGCGUCCAAAGAUGGCUGCAUUUGUUCUGAAAGACCUUGGCUUGGGAAACAAGCCAUACGAACAGAACAUUCCGGAAUCAGUCAAUGAUAUGAUGAAAGAUUGGAUGAAGUACAUUCCCCAGGAAAUGGACAGACUCAUUGUCAACCUGUAUGACUUUGUGCAAUCAUUUGAUCAAGAAGAAGAAAUGGCAUGGUUCCAGUUGUCCGACAAAUUGGAAGUCUGCCACCAGUUCCAGCAACACUUACCAAGGAAGAGCCAUGCAGAGAUGACCCAAGAAGAGCGAAAGGCCUUCCUUAAAAAAGUUAGUAGAAUUUUCCCAGAUCCAGAAGCUUACAAGAGGUGCUGCAAUUUCAAGGUUCAAGUUCCUCGGCUCGCCGCUCUUCAAGACAGUCAGCUUGUGACCUCAGCGACCUUUCUGCAUUGAGUGGCCACUUUUCUAAAGAGGAACAAGCCAGUCUCCUAGAAAAAAGCCAAGACUGUGCUGCACAAUGACCAGUUUCGCCAGGGGUUUAAGGAUAGCGUCUACUUUGUGGACAGUGGAGGACAACUUCCUCGCCGGGUUCAGUGCUUUAAGAGUGGAAAAUGUACAUGUGAUCGUAAUUUCUUUGGGCGAAACAACCUUUGUCACCACUGCCUGGCUAUUGCCAUCCAUCUAAAUUGUGUGGCAAACAUUGUGAGGGCCUACCAAGGCCGAAGUCUCCACAAGAUAUCAGCAGCAUCUGCACCAAAAAAUGUUGGAGGGAAGGCUCCAUCUAGAAAAAGGCCUCUACCUGUAACUGAGGUGGAAGUGCACCAUUCUUCAGAUAUGGAUGCAGAUGUAAAGAACAGAGGCACAAAUUUCCAAUCUGAAGUUGUGAAUCCCACAACUCUUGUUAUUAGAAGAGCUGAAAGACCAGUAGAUCCUCCACCCUCUGCACCUUUGGUUCUCAAAAAGAUUGCUGGUAACAUCAAAAAGUGCGCUGGGUGCUUCAAGGCUCUAACAUCCAAUGUUGUGGGAUACCAGAGUCCAGAUGAUCAGCUAUACUGUUUUGCCAGAUUCGAGCGCUAUCAUUUCUUCAAUAAGGCAACAAAUGCUUGGCAGUUAACAACAUCAACGAGACACUACCACCUCAACCCUGUCUGCACAAAGGUGUCAUCAAAAAUAACCUCCAAUAACAGUCUCAUUGAAACUGGUAGCCUGCGUCAACUGGUUCUUGAUAGAUUCCAAGUAAAUUUAGAUUAA